AUGGCCGAAGAACCAUCGACCCGCGCUAAAUACAGAAAAUAUUUCCAGUCCACAUCGCAACUAUCCUCUUUUAGCGAGCCCCCCGACCAACCCAACUCUGGGUAUUUUGACUGCAUCGAAUCAUUCGAUUCACGCAGCCCAAGCAGCGGUCAUUAUCCGUACUGGGGACGCGAAAGAGACCGCUAUCACUGGCAAGAAGCGCUCGUCAAGAGACUCGUACACGCCAAAUAUACGCGUCUGUAUCAGACCCAGCACCCCUUACUCUCUUAUUUCCGACAGCUUGCCAGGGCCGAGGAACUCGAGCUCUGGUAUCACAAGAGGGAGUUGAAAAAGGCGCAGGAGAAGAACAAGCGCCGGCGGAACAACCCAUGA